CCUCACGAGUUCUUCAUUGUUUUCUAAGCGUUAGUCACAAAUCUUUAAAUUUGAAUUUUAUUAAGAAAUCUAAUUAGAAUGGCUGCAAUUUCCCUCCUCAAUCCAAAAGCUGAGUUUGCUCGUGCUGCUCAGGCACUUAGUGUCAAUAUCACGGCAUCAAAAGGUAUCCAGGAUGUGAUGAAAACAAAUUUAGGUCCAAAAGGAACACUGAAAAUGCUUGUAAGUGGUGCUGGAGAUAUCAAAAUCACCAAGGAUGGAAAUGUAUUGUUGCAUGAGAUGCAAAUUCAACAUCCAACAGCUAGUUUGAUUGCUAGAGCAAGUACAGCACAAGAUGACAUUACUGGCGAUGGAACUACAUCAACUGUUUUGUUGAUUGGAGAGCUUUUGAAGCAAGCAGAGCUUUAUAUUGCUGAAGGAUUACAUCCAAGAAUCAUUACUGAGGGAUAUGAUCAAGCACGUCUACAAGCAUUAAAGAUUCUUGAUGAUAUGAAACGUCCCGUUGAGAUUAAUCGUAAGAACUUGCAGGAUAUUGCCAGAACAGCAUUACGAACAAAGUUGAAUAAUCAAUUAGCUGAUCUCUUAACUGACGUCUGCGUAGACGCAAUUUUAACGAUUAAGAAGGAUGAUGACAAGUCAGUUGAUCUUCAUAUGGUUGAGAUUAUGGAAAUGCAGCACAAGUCAGCAACUGAUACUCAAUUAGUUAAAGGUAUUGUUAUGGAUCACGGUUCUCGUCAUCCUGAUAUGCCUAAACGCUUAGAAAACGCCUACAUUUUGACAUGUAAUGUCUCAAUGGAAUAUGAAAAGACAGAAGUCAAUUCAGGUUUCUUCUACAAAACAGCUGAAGAACGAGAACAUUUUGUCCUUGCUGAACGCGAUUUCAUCAUCCAACGUGUUCAAAAAGUCAUCGAAUUAAAGAAGAAGUUGUGUGACGGCACAAACAAGAGUUUUGUUGUAAUUAAUCAAAAGGGCAUCGAUCCAAAUUCUCUUGAUUUGUUGGCAAAAGAAGGUAUCAUGGCAUUGAGACGUGCUAAAAGGAGAAACAUGGAACGUUUGGCAUUAGCGUGCGGAGGACUUGCUUUGAAUUCAUUUGAUGAUAUCAAAGAAGAACAUCUCGGUUUUGCUGGUGUCGUUUACGAGCAUGUUUUGGGCGAAACUAAAUAUACUUUUGUUGAGGACUGCAAAGUUCCACAAUCUGUUACAAUUUUGAUGAAAGGACCAAACAAGCAUACUUUACAUCAAAUCAAGGAUGCUGUUCGUGAUGGUCUUCGUGCUAUUAACAAUACACUUGAUGACAAAUGUUUGAUUCCCGGCGCUGGAUCAUUUGAAAUUCAUGCUAAUCUCAAGUUACGUGAUCAUGCUAGAACUGUCAAAGGAAAGACUCGUUUAGCUAUCCAAGCUUAUGCUGAUGCAUUACUCGUUAUUCCAAAAACUCUUGCAGUCAACUCUGGUUUUGAUUCUCAAGAUACAAUUGUAAAAUUACAGGAAGAAGCUGAAUUAUCAACUGAUCCAAUUGGUCUUGAUUUGUCAACUGGCGAACCAUGUAAACCUGUUGAUUUGGGAAUCUUUGACAAUUAUAUUGUAAAGAAGCAAAUCCUCAACUCCUGUACCGUUAUUGCCACCAACCUGCUUCUCGUCGACGAAAUUAUGCGUGCCGGAAUGAGCAGUUUAAAGGGAUAAAUUUUCAUUGCUUUCAUUUCAUUUUAUUUUUUUCAUUUAUUUAAUUCAGUGGUUUAUACACACAUAAAUAUUUGCUACAAUUCAUGUUCUUUCCUAUCUUCUCAGCCACAUAAAAUUUUGGAUAAGCUUUAUGCUACAACAUGCAUCAGUAAUAAUAAUUAUUUUUCUUUAAGUAGCUAUUUAUUUCAUUUCACUAAGAACUGUCAACCAACGUUAGUGAAACAAAUUUGUUUUCUUUUUUGAAUGAAUUAAUUAGUUUCCUUUGGCUUACUUUGUAACCCACAUUCACCUCAAAUUCUAAAUUCCCUUUUUGUCUACACACUACACAUUUAUAAUCAUUAACAAAAGAAUAAGAAUAAAUUUUCAUUAAUUUGCAAAUCUCGAGCAAGAAAUUUUUACUUUAUAUUAUAAAUAGAAUUUAAAUAGUUUAGAUACGAAAAUAUAUAUUUAUUUUUCGCAGGAAUUCUCUUUGUUAAUGUAAUAAAGAAUUGCUUUUUCUUUAUUUAUCUUGUCGAUUAUCUCUGUUCUUUUGCAAAUAUGAGAUUGUUUUCUUUGUCAUGAGUUAGGAAAGAAGGAAGUUGCUCUUUGAGAAAGUCUCGUCAGAUUCUCAAUCAAAUAAAUAUUUAUAUUGGCUUGUAAAUUCAUUUUUCCGUUAUUUUUGUUUUUAAAUUUUCUAUUGGAAAUAUUCCAAUAAUUUAAAAUUUCAGUUGCUUUCCACUGGAGUUAUUCCAAUCAUUUAAAUAUGAAAUUUCCGUUAUAAAUUUAUUUUCGUUCCACUGGAAGCAUUCCAUUAAUUCAAACAAUAAAUAUCCGCUAGUUUUUUUUACUUUAAAUUAACGGUUUUUGGCCAACGCUGAAUAAAUAAAGUAAUAAAAACAAUCAUUUGCUUUGAAGUACAGCUUUAGUCUUGAAUCUCCACAGAGACUUGAUCUCUAAAUAACAUGAUAAAUUCGUAAAUUAAUUAAGUUGAAUCUCGCACGAAAAAUAAUGCAAGAAUCUGACAAGAAUUUCCCUAAAAAGACGCAAACGAUUGAUGAUUGACAGAUUCAGGUACAAUAAACUAUGCUCAAUACAAAUUAAAAAUGGAAUAAAAAAUUACGAGAUGGAAUAUUCAUUUGUUUUGGCUCUCAUUGUACCCAUUAAUAUAAUACUAGUACAUCAACAUUAAAGAAGACAUCUAAAUUGAGUAAAUUUCAAGAAGUAAGUCUGAUUAUUCACGUCGUAAUUGCAUUUAUUCGCUCUUUUUGGAUUGGUCCUUCUUCUUUGCAUCCUCACGAUCUUUUGUAUCAAUUGUUGUGAUGUUGACUGAAGCAACGACACCGUGAAUGACUGAUAUUAAUGUUUUGACAAUUGCAACAGGCGCAGAAACGAUUGCGAGUAGUUUGAAGAAUGGAACUCCCAAGACUACAAAAUAAAUCAAUAAUUAGUCAUGAAAAUGUUAAACUUAAUAAUGAGCUGCUUACAUAUUGGCCCAGGAGUGAAAUAAAGGAGAUAUAAAGCAGCAUAAAAGAGUUCAUUGAAGAGACACAUGAAGCCCAAAACUGUACGAUUUGUGUAGUAAAUAUGCAUAAUUGGAUUUUCGUUCAUGUCAAUAAAUUUGUGUGAAGUUUUGCCUUGAAGCAGUGAUGUAUGAAGAUAGAACCAAUGGCAUGCGACGUCAAUUGCCAUAGAUAAUUGGAACCAAAACAUGUACUUUGGAUAGAAGUAGCUUAAAGUAACAAGAAGACCCAUAGUUCCACAUCUGUCAGUCAGUUGAUCCAGCAUAGCACCGAAUUUUGUGGCUAAAUAAAUAUAUGAUAAUCCAGUUUAAUUGAUUGUUUAUGACAUAACUAAGCG